GCGUCUGUAUUCGUUUGCUCGCGGUUGUAUGUGUUCAUAAUUUUACUUGGUUUUAUUUUGAAUUUUCAAUUAUUUGCAAAAAUAUGGACGUUAAUAAAAGUAUUAAUAUACGUUUAGUGCAGAUUGUGGAAAAAUAUCCCUGCUUGUAUAACUCUUCACUAAAAUCCUAUUCUAAACGCCAAUGCACUGACAGGGCGUGGAUUGAGGUGGCAGAGCAGAUGAAUAGCACACCGGAUGUGGUUAGGGAUAGAUGGAAAUGUUUGCGCUCCGUUUUUGUAAGACGACUGAAACAAUUACAUAUGGGUGAGCUUAUCAAACCAUAUUAUUUGCACGAGCACAUGCAAUUUAUAACGCCAUAUUUACAAAAUCCAUGGGAUGCGGAAUCCCGAUCAAAACGUCAAUUGGAGGAGAGUGAGAUGCGUGUCGCUUCCUUUACGCCGAAUACUUCGAAAACAGAUAUUAAUGAGGCUUAUUAUUCAGAUCAAGAAAAUGAUAACCUAUUUUCUAUGGAUGAUUCAACGCAGCAACCACCCACAAGCCGUUCACAUAAACGGAAACUCAGGGCGUCACGUACAUCCGAAGAAGAUGAUUUCCAUGGUUUCUCCGAAUACCAUACGAGCACAUUGAAUGCGUCGACCAAGAACCGGCAAAUCAGAGAUAUUGUUUCAAAUCCAACACAAGAUCACAACGUAACCGAUGAUAAUUACCAUAAAAGGUUGUUUAUGUUAAGUUUGCUCCCUGAUCUCGAAGAAAUGAACAAUACGCAAAUGCGUGAGUUUAAGACGAAAGUUAUAUCCAUCAUAAACGAGAUAUUUGAAGACGAUCUGAAGUUAAAUGACGUAAAUUAAUAAUAAAAACCAUUUUUGUAGGAUUCCUUUGAAAUGGAAUAAGCCUCGAAACUUUAACUGAACAAAUAAACUGUGUGAUAAAGUUUUUAGAUUUUCGAGGUUUUCAGUUUUAGACGCUUAAGGAAUCAACUGAAUAUUUUUCACUGAAUGUAUUAA